CAAUGGGCGUGCUCCCUUUAAGUCACAUGCCAUUACCAAAUUCAGCGCAGUCACCUAGGUCGCAGUAAAAUUAGGUUGACAGAAAGAGGUGACCGUCUACCUUUGCCGAUACGUUUGGAACUAAUGGGUCUUAUUUUAUUUAUUAGGCGUUGUUGAUUAAUUUUAAGUCGAAUAUGCAUUGAGAAUGGCUAGCCAAUCGCGCGUUGCCUAAUUCAGGAGGUUAUACAAACUUUCAGUGUAGCAGGUUACAUAAAAACAACCAGUUAUUGGACAAAGUGAAUUCUCGGUCUGUCUCUAUUGAUCAAUUCAUUUAUUUUAUUUGAAUAACAUUAUUUAUUUUUUUACAUAGACGUUAUAGACUUCACUGAUAUGGAUGUUCUUUUGGAAAACCACUUGGAUUAUUUUAUACACGACAAUACUGCUGCUACGGGCUUGAGUCCAGAAAUGCUUGCAGUUACACGGGAAGCCUUCGGUGCUGGGGACUUCAACCUCCUUGCUGAGAUCUACAGCUCCCAGCUGGCGGAUAUCCGACACCCGGACCGGAGCCUCUGCCUCCUGAAAGCGGACGCGCUCAGCAGGGCUGGGCGGAUGGCGGAGGCUCUGGAUUCAUACUGCAACGCCGCCAACUUGGACAGGUUACGACCAAACGAACUAGGGUCUCUCGUUGACUGUAUUGCGCACACUUUGCGGGUAAAAGAAUGCCUAAAAGAAUGCACAGACUACAAUGGGGUUUCCGAGGAUGAGCAUUCGUUGGAACUGUUCUCAUGUCGGCUUUGCAAGUGCUUGUUAAUCGAGCCAACAACUUUGGAAUGCGGCCAUACAUUCUGCAAACCAUGCAUUGAGGAUGACGGGAUCAAAGAAUGUGAAAUCUGUCGUUACAAACUGAACAAAACAAAUAGAGAAUUAAAACCAAUCGGUUUUAGAGUGAAUGUAGUACUCAGGUGCCUGUUGGGUAAAUGGUUUUGCGCAGAGAGUGAAGCAAGACGAUGCUGGCUUGAAGGGGAUAGAAUGCGGAACGAACGGGGCUUUAUCAACGCUCUUGAAAAAUACAACAAAGCUAUUGAAAAAGGUAAAAUAACAACGUAUUUAAAGGGACAAUCCGCAGUGGAGACAAAGCGUAUUCAGCGACACUGUUUUCGUAAAAAGUUUAGGGAUGGGGCUGGAGUAAUGUAACCACUCAAAUUCAUAGACAGAACUAACAUUGCAGUAAAACAAGCUUACAUUUUGGGUUCUGAUAAGAGUACAACAGUUGAACUAAGCUCAUGAGACAUUUAAGAUAUAUUCUUUAAGAAUCAAUGGGUACAUAACAUACAUUUUAAGUCAAAAUGAAUGUAGCAACUGAAGAGUUCCCCUUUAACAUUACAUCAUCACUCUUUUCUCAUGAUCUUUUUGUGCAAAUUGAAAUAAAAGCCUGUAACCCACUUCUGUGAAGUGCAUAUGCUUGUAAUAGGUUAUGUCAACCCAUAAGGUCAAAGCCAUGUUAUCAACAUCACCGAUUGAAGGGGAACAGCCCCAGUCUGCAGGGAUUAUCCCAUCACUGCCACCAAUGUAGCGAUUGGGUGAGGGAACCAGUGGUUAUGGGAUAAGUGCUUUACCACCCGUGCCACGUUCAUAACACAAACUAUACCAGAUAUAGGUUGGGAUACAUUGGCAUCAUCACACCAUGAUGACAAGUUCAGCUAAGGCAUGAGUUGUGUAAGGCAUGAGUUGUGUAUGCCUGUGGACUUCGAGGGAACUCUAGUCUAGGGAUCAGAGUAGGCAGAAAGCUAGCUUCUACCUUUAUUUCAUGGAUAGGUAGCUAGGGUAGGCUUUCCAAAUAGGUCAGGCAUUGCAUUGACAAAUACUUUGUGGUGUUAGACACAGGCAGACAUUUUUGUCUUGACUCACACAAAACAUUUAAUGACAGGGCGUCUGGAAAUGACACUCCUUCUCUAAUCUUGACCCAUCAGUAAUGUAGUCCUCAGGGCGAAAGGUAAUAGGAUAGAGGUAUUCAAAGUUCUGUGGACUGAAAGAGGGCAGGAAUGGUGGAAUUGCUUCAACUCAUGGCCUGACCGAGCCCAGAACUAGUUACAUAUGACCUGGAUCUUAUGAAAUAACAUUCUGCCCUACAUACAGCUUGUCAUCAUUUGUGUAACUGCAUGUGGGUUGAAUAUUUAGGUAACACAUUACCCUUUCAGGGGGGUUGUAAAAGGGUUAUUAAUACAGUUAUAGCUGUUAAGUAAUGACUUCUAAAUUACAUACUAAUAAUUAACUGUCUUCAAACCCAUACAGCAUGGUUUUAUACUGGGUUUAAGGCAUUAACACAAUGGACACGAGCAAUGGAGGGUGUUGGAGAUAUGUGAAUAACUUAAGCUGAAUCUGACUCUUAACUAAUGUUUGCAUCAUCUCUCCUCACAGCCCCCUCUAUGUGUAGGCUGCUGGGCCGACGCGCAGAGCUACACAUGGAGAUGAACAACUUCAGACAGGCCAUACAGGAUGGAGACACCAUGUGCCGACUGACGCCCCUCUCUCCCAAGGUAAGAAAACACGCAACUGUUUCCUGAUAUUAACACAUUUACCCAAAUGUUUUUGUGUAAAUAACCUGAACGAUACUGUGGUACUUGGGUUUUGUGUGUUUGUGCUCUCAGGCUCACUACGUGAAGGCCCUGGCUCUGAACAAAGCAGGUUAUAAUGAAGAGGCCCUGCAAGAAUACUUCUACUGUCUGGCUCUGAAGCCAAACUGGACCUCAGUCAAGCUGGAAACGCAAAAGUUAAGCUACAACCACUGUGUUUAAUUAGUUAGUUCACCGAACCAGAUACUCAACCACUUGUGUGCCUGAUUGACUGCGAUGACUGCCAGUCACUGUCUUAUCUCUUUCCCCCUGUAGAUGCUGAGUGAGAUGUUUUUUUCCGUGUUCAAGACGGACGGUCUCCCCACGUCAUCACUCCGCCCCCACCAAACAGGUCUCGCUUCCCACCUCAAACCAGCCUCCCUUCUCCUCAGCUCCCUCCAUUCCACCCCUCGUAGAUGGAACCAAACCGCUACGGCAGAGACCAAGUCCUCAUGUGAGGACUCCAAGACCCUGGCGUCUGUCCUGGCUGCCUUGCCUUUCUCCCCUGGCCUGAAGAGGAAGUUCUCAGGCGAGCCCCAAGGCUCUGCACCGCCCAACAAGCUGCCCAGAAAAGGUACCCAACCCCUCCCAUUCCAAUUGGCAAUUAUUUAUUGUUGCCAAAAAGUAGAUUUUUAAAGUAAUACUAGUGAACAAAAACCUUGCAAAGUAUCUUAUUGUUGCUUGAAUGCAAUCAUUAUAAAUGUAUAGAAACCUCAGCAACAAUAAAAUGUACAUUUCUUUCUUUGAGUCUUGUGUUCAGAUGAGGCAAGCUCAUCCCAGAUGCCUGCAGCUUGUUGCAGUGGGAGGAGAGAGGUGCCCCCUCAGCUCCUGGAUAGCGCUGACAUGGAGUGCUCUGUUUGUAUGAGGUAAGUCAAACACACACACACAUACACACACACCCUGUCUGUAGGUCCAGUUGUCCCUAUGUAGUUAUUAAAACCCCCCUUGUGUUUUCUCCAGGCUGUUCUACGAGCCAGUCACCACCCCCUGUGGACACACCUUCUGCAUGAAUUGUCUUGAGCGCUGUCUGGACCACAACCCCAAAUGCCCCCUGUGUAAAGAGAACAUUACAGAGGUAAAUAGUCACCACACAGACCUGCCUUCACUACUAUUGGAAAUGAACACCAAUUACUGAAAGACAACAUGAGGUAAAAAUGAGUUAUGACCCAGAUUCCCCUUGUUAUCUAAUUGAACCUGUUGUUGUAAUUGCAGUACAUGGCCACUAGAGGGUACCAUAAGACCCUGCUGAUGGAGGAGAUACUGCAGCGCUACCUGUCUGAGGAGCUGAUUGAGAGGAGCAAGGUGCACCAGGAAGAGAUGGCAGAGCUGUCAAAGUAAGUCAGGCCUCAUUAUGUUUCAGCCCCUAACCCCUUCUCAAAACAAAAUGGCUGACCAUUUUUUUGAAUCCAUCAUUAUGAUACAAUAUUAGGUGGGCAGAAUAUCAUAUUUAGUGGUUUAACCCACAUUUUAUUCUCUCUGCAGCUUGACCCAGGAAGUGCCCAUCUUCAUCUGCACCAUGGCAUUCCCCACAAUCCCCUGCCCCCUGCAAGUCUUCGAGCCGUGUUAUAGGCUGAUGAUCCGACGCUGCAUGGAGACGGGAACCAAGCAGUUUGGAAUGUGCAUCGCUGACGACAUCAAAGGGUGAGUGGAGGUUUUACACCUGUGCCCACACAGCCAUCAAAACACUUUGACACUAGUUUAACCAAAAGGGUAGCAAACCUGUGUUUGCGACUCAAUUCAAGACCAUGUUAGGCCACUGAACUAAAGCCUACCCUAGACAUUUUAUCUGGGUGCUAACAGGUUUCCGGCUUAGUUACUCAUCCACACAGGCGUAGCUCUGUGAGCUACCUCCACUACACUAGCCUAUCGCUCACACUUUCACUCCAGCAGAUUCACGUAAGCAAAUAGCUAAUACAGAUGUAGGAACUUAAUUUGAUCUUUCUUUUGUUGCGGAGAAUUUCCCUGCACGGCAGGAAAUGCAAACUUAUAGUGUAUUUGAGUUUUAAAGAGGCUUCUAAAGUUUGUAAUUUUGACGAAAAAAUUGAUCAACCCCUACAACAAUGUCCAUUAAUUAUAAUCCACAUAAUAAUUCACAUUUCCUGUUGCUGCAGAAUUAUUUUUCUGCUGUAGCAAACUGGCUCAAAAUAAGAUCCUACAUCUGUAUUCCCUGCGUUUCCCUGGCCACAGCUUUGCAGACUACGGCUGCAUGUUGGAGGUGAAAGACAUGAAGUUCCAACCAGACGGGUGCUCGGUGGUCGACACGGUCGGAGUGUCCCGCUUCAGAGUGCUGAGCCACGGCCACCGUGACGGCUACAACACAGCCAAGAUAGAGCACCUGGAGGACCAGAAGGUGGAUGGAGAGGAGCUGGCCGAGCUGCAGAAGCUCCAUGACUCUGUGUACGAGCAGGCCAGCGCCUGGUUUACCUCCCUCAAAGACAACAUGAAGAACCAGAUCGUCAGCCACUUUGGACAGCUGCCCGAAAAAGACCCUGACAUGCAGGUAAGAAACAGUCAGCAGAUACGUACAGUAGAACUAGGCUUCAGAGUUUAUCCUGGUUUCGUUGCCUGCUCAGGAAACUCAGACCCUUUAGAACCACCCAGAUAAAUCUAAAUCCCCAUAUCUGUUAAUCUAAGAUCUGAUUAAACUAAUAAACUGUGGAAUAUUGGCAAUGGACACUUUUUUAGCUGUAAUAUGGAAUAAUUCUCUGUGUCCUGUUCUCUUCUCUAACCCUACCAUGCUCUGCCUCUGUGUUCUCAGGGGAGUGCCAGUGGUCCUGCAUGGUGUUGGUGGCUUCUGGCCGUACUGCCCCUGGAGAAGAGAGCCCAGCUAAGCAUCCUGGCCAUGACCACCCUCCGAGAGCGCCUCAGCACCACCCGCCGCGUGCUCAGCCUCGUCACACGCAAACACCCGCCACCACGGCGACCAUCUUCAUCAGCAGCAGCAUCAUCAUCACUGUAGUGGCAUCCCUAGAGGUGAUCAGUUUAGAAUCAUCUGGGCCCAGUUUGUCAAAAGUUAUCUAUCUGGAUUUCACCUAUCGGUUAGGAUUAAAUGCAUACAAAUAUAAUUAAUAGAACGGGAGUCCCCGUUGUAGUCAAUGAUUUGUCUGUUCUAUUCAUUAUAUUUCUAUGCAUUUAAUCCUAUCCGAUAGACUAAAUCUGGAUAGAUAACUUUUGGAAAACUGGGCCCUGGAGAAGAAGGGAAACGAUACUAAAUUUUCCUCAGAAGCGCUAGCCUCAGAUAAAGAGUUUCAACAUUGGGAAUGAUUUACCAGUGUUGUUCAUAAUCUCAGGAAUGGGUUCUACUUGAGUCUUUAAAAAAGGAUCGAUGGACUAGUCCUACCCAACCAAAACACAUAAAUGUGUCAGGUUUGCGCACAUAUAUUUGGGUCAAUUCCAUUAAGUCCAGUUUUGUCAUGUUUGUGUGUGGUACAUUAGGUUAUUAUUGUCCUCUUGUCUUAUUAUUGGCCUGUGUACAAAUGAGGCCUUAACUUAUUUUUGCAAUGUUUUUUUCUACUAUUUGUCAUGUAAAGCCAAUUUUCAUGUACAGAAAUGUAGCAUUUUUCUAUGGGACAUAAUGAAUAGAAUAAUGCACCCCAUCCCUUACUGGAAAAAUAUGUUCUACUGUAUAUUGGUAAUCAUGUCAGGAGGGAGCGCUUAAUGCAAGCAAGUGAAAAAUAGCAGCACAAGACAUUGCAGUAGCACAGAACAUCCACAGGGUGGCAGUAAAAGUGUGAACAAAGAGGAUCAACGCAGACAGCCUUACAUUUAUUUGAACAGGUGUUUUUUGUGGAGGACAGAUCCACCCCUUUCCUUUCCAUCACAAAAACAAUGGACAGUAGGACAACACCCCUGUGAUUCAACAGCCUAUUUUUAGUUGAGUUCAAUUAAUCAAAGCUUGAUUAAAUAUAGUAAGCCUAACUCAUGUCUUUAUAAGUCCACAGAGUGUAUACUUCGGCUUCAUAGCUAGUCAACCAUCUUGAUAAAUUAACCAAUGAUUUUCAGCUCGAUUAAUUCCCCAGAUGCACAUCAGAACUAAUGUUUGCAGCCUCGCCAUGGUGUUUUCCCAGCAACUGCUGUGUACUCCUGGUCUAGCCAGACUGGUCACAGGAGCUGAAGUUGGUUUUAAAAACCGUAUCUUUGUCCCAGGUUGAAGUUCCUUAAGGGAAAUAUCAUCGUUGGAUGCUGUACAGCAGGGGUGUCAAACUCAUUCCAUGGAGGGCCGAGUGU